AACGACAUUCGAGUCAGUGUCAAGUUGCUUCGCCUGAUUCUACUUUUAUUGUUAUUAUAAUAUUAUUAGUAACUACGAUAUUUAUUAUUUAGUAUGUGUAAUGUGUAUUGUGCUAUUGUAUCAAUGUGUUUUUCUGUACAGUUUAAUUCGUAAAAUGAUGUAAAUUUCAAGUUAUGGCAGAGCAAAAUAUGACUGAUAGUCCUAACCUAGCAGGAGGUUUUCAUCAGUAUACACUAUUCGACAUUGAUGUAGAUCCAGGCUUGAAAGAUGACCAAGGAAAUGAGUUACCUAGACCUUUUAAUAAAAAUCAAAUGAGAAAGUGGUUGAAGAAAGUAAGAUGGGAAAAAAAUAAAGCUGUAAAGCGAUGCAAGGAGAAGGCUCGUGCAAAAGAAAAGAGGCGCGAAGCUCGAGAAGCAAAUAUAGAUCUAGGUCCAAGUAGAAAAGUGUUAAAGAAAAUGAAACUAGAGAAAGUAAAAAAAAACAUAGGUGUUGUUUUAGAUUUAAGUUUUGAGCAUUUAAUGAUAGAAAAAGACAGGUAUAAGGUUAUAAAACAAUUGUUAAGAUGUUAUUCAAUUAAUCGAAGGUCUGUUUCACCACUGCAGUUUUAUGUGACAAGCUUUGGAGAAAAGUCAAAAAUAGAUAUUUCAAGACACAACGGGUAUGAAAAUUGGGAUAUACAGUUUCAUGAGGUGUCAUACCUAGAUAUAUUUCCAAAAGACAAGUUGAUAUACUUAACAAGUGAAUCUGAAAAUAUUAUAGAAAAUUUUGAAGAGGGUGCUUACUACAUUAUAGGUGGAUUAGUAGAUCACAACCAACAUAAGGGUCUUUGCCACAAAAUAGCACAAGAACAGGGAAUAAGACAUGGACAGCUUCCAUUAAAUAAAUAUGUUAAUAUGAAAACAAGAAAAGUUUUGACAAUAGACCACGUGUUUGAAAUUUUACUCAGAGUAUGUGAAGGAAUGCAGUGGCAGGAAGCCCUUCUUAAGGUCCUCCCUAUGAGAAAAGGAGCACAUUUAUGUUAUUCGCCAAACAAUUCCACACAAAGUUUAGAUAUUUCAAGUCAAAGUGAUGUUAUAAGUUAAUUUUGUACUUUAAGUAUAUUAUCUAUUUUGCAAAACUUAAGACAUAAAGUUUUUAUGGAAUUGCAA